AUGGCUAAUGAUGGCACAUGUGACAGGGGUUAUAUGGCACCCGAGUAUGCGCUACAUGGAUAUUUGUCAAUCAAGACAGAUGUCUAUGGUUUUGGUAUGUUGGUUGUGGAACUUAUAGCUGGACGUAGAGUGAGCCUUUUAACUGGGGUUUGUUCUGGUUUAGAGAACCCUUAUGAGUUCCAUGAAAUUGUAAUUUCACGGGAAAGGAUUUUGGUUACUGAUCAUAUGAUUUUGGAUCUUAGUUUUUUUACUUAUUUGUGUUGGGAGAUAUCAUAUGGGCAUGAAAUGAAAAAUGAAGUUGAGAGAAAUUGGUUACAAGUAACACUUUCAAAUGUAGUUGAUCCCACAAUUGAUGUCGAUUCAAGUUUUAUGACAAGAUUUUUGGAGAUUGGGCUGUUGUGUGUUCAACAGGAUCAUGCGGAUAGGCCAACAAUGGAAGAAGUUGUUUCCAUGCUGCUUGAUAGCUCGUCUCUCACUCUCCCUAUGGCAAAAAUGGAAGAAAGGAUUACAAGAGAGCGUUCAAAUAGUGUUAGCAGUAGCAACACUGUUGACCAUUCUGAUCCUGAUUACGAUUAUAAUACUGGUCCAGAUGAGGAUUUUAUAUCAGAACUAGUCCCUCGAUAG